AGAAUGUGGCGAUCAACCUUGAUCCUUCUCCUCGUUAUCGCAGCAUGCAUGUCCUACCCAGCCUCAUCUCCCGGUGGUCUCGAUGUGGAAAAGCUUGGAGCAGGUGGCAAGAAAUUCUUCAUGGACAUGACGAAACAAGUAAUGGGUGUACCGUCGUUGAAACCUGAAAAUCUAGCCGCACAAGCAUUCUUCCGAAAUUUCUUGAACAAGUACACAAAUCUGGAUGAGAAAGUCAAAAGGGACAUGGAGCAACAUAUUCCUACAGCCACGAAGAUUUUCAACAAUGCAGGUGAGCUUUGA